AUGCCCUUUGAGCUGGUAUCUACGCAAUUGAUGGCCUACCAAAUGUAUACUUUCAUUGCUGUUGUACUGGGGUGUGCGCUUGUGAAGACUUCCUGGUCCAAAUCUCACAAACGCAACCCCAAGAAUCUUCCUCUACCUCCCGGGCCAAAAGGAUACCCUGUGAUCGGGAACCUCUUCGACGUCCCUAAUCCACUGGAUAGUCCACACAUUGUUUACGAUCAAUGGUUCAAAAAAUACGGUGAUAUGAUAUAUAUCGAAGUCCUCGGCCAGUCGCUUUUGAUAUUGGGAUCUUUACAGCGCGCGACCGAUCUCCUCGAUAAGAGGUCCUCAAACUAUUCGGACAGAAUGCGCAUGCCCAUGGUGCUUGAACUGAUGAAUUGGGUAUACAAUAUGGCGUUUCUUCCUUAUGGCCAAUGGUGGAGGCGGCACAGAAAGGCAUUUAAUGAACAUUUCCAUCGUAACAUUGUUCACAAGUACUACCCUAUCCAACAACGCGAGAUUCGGACCUUUCUUUACCGACUUCUAAGAACUCCGGACAAUUUUAUGCAUCAUAUACGACACACGUUUUCCUCCACCAUCAUGGGCAUAGCGUAUGGUAUCACCGUCGAAGACUCCGCCGAUCCAUACAUAUCAAAUGCAGAAAAGGCUCUCGAGGGCCUUGUGGAAGCAGGUAUCCCAGGUACAUUUUUAGUUGACCUGAUUCCCGCUUUGCUCUAUGUCCCUGCCUGGUUACCGGGAGCUGGAUUCAAAAAGAAGGCUGCUUACUGGAGCAAGAUCAAUGACGACGUUAUCAACAAGCCUUUUGAAUAUAUCGAAAACGAACUUAGAAACGAUAGGGUAGUGGUACCCUCAGUGACAACAUCACUAAUUAGCCGUCUACCUGACAAGAGUGAUCCUCUCUAUUUUGAGGAAAGAAAAAUUGCUCAGCACACGGCAGCAGUGGCAUAUAUUGGCGGAGCAGACACCACAGUCUCGACAGUGCAAUCGUUCUUUUUAGCUAUGGCAAUGUAUCCGGAGGCACAAAAGAAGGCGCAAGCAGAGCUGGACGCCGUAGUUGGCUCCCAUCGUCUUCCAGACUUCGGCGACCGCAAAUCAUUGCCAUAUAUCAAUGCCGUAGUUAAAGAAAGUAUGCGCUGGAACCAAGUCUUACCACUGUCCAUAGGUCAUAUGGCUUCCGAAGAUGACGAAUAUGAUGGAUACUUCAUUCCACGGGGCACGGUGGUGCUGGCAAACGGGUGGAGCAUUUUGCACGACCCGGAGGUGUUUUCUGAGCCGAUGAAAUUUGAGCCUGAUCGGUACUUGAAGAACGGUAAACUAGAUCCCAGUGUAAGAAGUCCCGACUGUGCAGCAUUUGGAUACGGACGUCGAAUUUGUCCAGGAAGGCAUUUAAGUGACAACUCACUGUACUUGAUUGUCUCUUCUGUAUUGUCGGUAUACGAUAUAGAACCAUCAAUUGAUAAAUUGGGGAAACCCAUAAAGCUUGAGCCCAACUUCGCUGGUGGUUUUCUCUCAUAUCCCGUUCCUUUUCAAUGCAGCAUUAAACCCCGUAGCACUUCAGCAGAGCAAUUAAUUCGAGACAUCGUGGAGUUAGACCGCUAG